AUGGACUCCUCCAUAGGAAAACUCGAACCGUUUCUCUUGAUGGCCAAGUCCGCAAAAGGGGCCGCGGCCGCGAAGCUAGUGCAAGACGCCACCGCAGCUCCAGGCGUUUAUGUAUUCAGCGAGUUGCUGGAGCUACCAUCCAUUGCAGAGCUCAAAAAUAGCGAGACGCACAAGCAAUUCUAUAGUUUACUCGAACUCUUCGCGUAUGGGACAUACCCAGAGUACAAACAGAAGAAGGACUCACUACCUGCACUCAAUGAUGCACAGACAACGAAACUGAAGCAUCUAUCACUCGUCUCGUCCUCCAUGCAGUCUAGGAUACUUCCUUACGCACCGCUGCUCUCUUCGCUGGAUCUACCCACCGUGCAUGCACUCGAACAGUUGAUCAUCGACGCCAUCUAUUCGGAACUGCUCCGAGGUAAGCUGGAUCAGAAUCAGCAGCAAUUCCAGGUCGAAUACACAGUGGGUCGUGACGUUCCCAACGACGCGCUCGCGUCUCUACUCGCUUCGCUGGAGGAUUGGUCUGCUACCACAUCGUCUCUUCUGUCCACCCUUGAUGCCAAGCUGAACGCGCUCUCUGCACAAUCUGCUGCCGCGGCACGCGAUGCAGAAGACCACGAGAACCUGUUGAACACCAGCCUCAGGGAGAUCGCUGAGAAGCGUGAGAAGUCGCAGACCCAGCAGCGCGGGUCUGACCGCCCGCCACGCGGGAUACUCAAGGAGAACGCCGGCUUUGGCCGGCGUGGUGGCGACGAUGACAUGGAUGUUGACGAGUCCAGUACGUCCAUAGGCGGUGGCGCUAAGGGCAAGAACCGGAAAGCCUCUCAGGAGAUUUCCAGCAAGUCUCGCACCAAGAGGAAUCGCACAUAA